GCAGAGACCUCUGGACAGGAAAUCCGCCCAACUUCUGCAGUGUGAUUUGCCCAAAGCUGAGGAGCUCUUUUUAGAUCGAAGCACCAACAGAAUGAGACGGGGCUGGCCAGAAAAUGGGGGACACGCUGGAGAAGAGCUCUGAGGAGCCCGAGAUCUCUUUGAACAAUGAGUGUUUGACGAAAAUGGGGGACCUGGUGGAAGUGUCGAGUGGUGAAAAAGUCAAGUUUGACGAUACAGGUCUCUCUCUGGUGCUCCAGAAUGGCCUCGAGAACCUUCGGCUUGAAAAUUCCCUCACAGACGUCAUCCUGUGCGUGGACAGCAGGGAAUUCUCCUGUCACCGAGUGGUCCUUGCUGCAGCCAGCAAUUAUUUCAGGGCUAUGUUCUGCAAUGAUUUAAGAGAGAAAUAUGAGGAGAAGAUCAUACUAAAAGGAGUUGAUGCAGAAACCAUGAAUAUACUCUUGGACUACACUUACACCAGCAAGAUGCUCAUCACAAAGCAAAAUGUACAGAAAGUCUUGGAAGCCGCCAGCCUCUUUCAGUUCCUGCGCAUGGUAGAUGCUUGUGCCAGUUUUCUCACCGAAGCACUCCAGCCGGAAAACUGCGUUGGCAUCCUGAGGUUGGCUGAUGCCCACUCCCUGCACAGCCUCAAACAACAGGUACAGAACUACAUUAUCCAGAACUUCACCCAGGUCCUGAACUACGAGGAGUUCCUGGAGCUGCCGGCGGACAUCCUGUGCAGCACGCUGAAGAGUGAUGAGCUCUGUGUCACGGAGGAGGCGCAGGUGUUCGAAACCGUGAUGAGCUGGGUCCGUUACAAGGAGUCCGAAAGGUUUUCUCUCCUGCCGUACGUGCUGGAGAACGUCCGGCUGCCCCUCUUGGACCCUUGGUAUUUUGUAGAGACUGUUGAAGCUGAUCAACUCAUUAGACAGUGUCCAGAUGUCUUCCCUUUGCUGCAAGAAGCAAGAAUGUACCAUUUGUCAGGCAAUGAGAUUAUUACAGAAAGGACCAAGCCCAGGAUGCACGAGUUCCAGUCUGAAGUGUUUAUGAUCAUAGGGGGCUGUACAAAAGAUGAGAAGUUUGUAGCAGAGGUGACUUGCCUGGAUCCUUUGAGGCGAAGCCGUCUGGAAGUAGCAAAAUUACCAAUCACAGAGCAGGAGCCGGAGAAUGAGAAUAAAAAAUGGGUGGAGUUUGCAUGCAUUACGCUAAAAAAUGAAGUCUACAUAUCAGGUGGCAAAGAAACAAAGCACGAUGUCUGGAAAUACAACGCCUCCAUCAACAAAUGGAUACAAAUUGAGUAUCUCAACAUUGGGCGCUGGAGACAUAAAAUGGCAGUGUUGGGAGGCAAAGUGUAUGUCAUUGGGGGCUUCGAUGGCAUGCAGAGAAUCAACAGCAUGGAAGCAUAUGAUCCCUUUCAUAACUGCUGGUCAGAGGCUGCUCCCCUGAUGGUCAACGUGAGCUCCUUUGCAGCAGCCAGCUACAAGAAGAAGCUGUACGUGAUUGGGGGGGGCCCCAACGGGAAGCUGGCCACGGACAAGACGCAGUGCUACGACCCGGCCACCAACGCCUGGAGCCUGAGGGCUGCCAUGCCUGUGGAGGCCAAGUGCAUCAACGCUGCCAGCUUCAGGGACCACAUCUAUGUGGUGGGUGGGGCAAUGAAAGCUCUGUACUCCUACAGCCCCCAGGAGGACACAUGGUGCCUGGUGACCCAGUUCACGCACGAGAGAGCCAGCUGUGGAAUUUCUCCUUGCAACAACAAGCUGUUCAUCACCGGCGGCCGAGAUGAAAAGAACGAAGUCAUUGCAACAGUGCUCUGCUGGGACCCUGAAACUCAGAAGCUGACAGAAGAGUGUGUCCUGCCUCGGGGGGUGUCUCACCACGGCAGCGUUACCCUCAGGAAGUCUUACACGCCCAUCCGUAAGAUCGUGCCCGGGGCAGUUUCUGUCUGACCCGCAGGAACCCGGUGCCUCCUGGCACAGACUGCAGUGAGGAUGGCUCUGAGCUUCGGGAGCAAUGGAUGAGAACACCGCCACAGCUCCUCUGGGGGGUAUCUGUAUAUAUGCUCAGUCCUUGUGUUUCCUCUGUACAUAUCCUUAAAUUAUCUUAAUUCCUUCCCUCCACAGAAAAACAAAGGGACCAGCUGUAGUUUACUCCUGCCAACACAAUACCUCGAAUCAGGCAAAGAAAUGUAGGUGGGAAAUUUACUUCCCAGCUAUAUCUACCCUGGAAUGUGCUUGAACUGGCUCAGUCUAGUCCCAGAGUUUGGUCAACUAUUUAUUGUGUUAAGUUGGGUUUGCAAUACCUACUAGUGAAAAAAAGAGAAGUUGCUUUUGGAAUUAAAUAUUUGUAACUUUGGUAGGUCAUAACGUCGUGUCUUCCAAAGCUGUGCUUUUUUUCUCCCGGUGUUUGGCACAUUAGAUUAAGUUUGAACCAG